AUGUUCUCUGGAGACCGCCCAGACAAUCCAUUCGCCACACAAGUGCGGCGUCCCGGGCCUCAUGCCGAGAAAAUUGAUCUUGUUGUAACUCUUGGAGAUGACGGUACCAUUCUCCAGGCUACGUCACUCUGCAGUCUUGGAGCGGUCCCUCCUGUGCUAAGUUUUUCAAUGGGCACCCUUGGCGUUCUCCUUCCAUUCCGGCUCGAAGCAGUGUUUCAGGGCAAGGCAACCAUUCUCAAUCGCAUGCGUUUGUCGUGCAUGUUCUAUGACAAGGAUCGCAAAAAAUAGGCUUCGGUGACGAUGGUCGGGAUAAAACAGUGCAAGUAUGUACCCACGAUGCUGACACAAUCAUAGAAUGGCAGGUCACGAAUGAGAUUGCGCUACACCGUGGGUCAAGUCCA